AUGAGUUCAAUAAGAGAAUUGAUUAAUACUGAUGAAUUUUUCCGCUUUUUCGAAGAUCAUAUUAAUUCACCUAGUUUAAACUUCUUUGAUGUUUUAAAAGAUGAAUCAUUAUCAAUCAAAUAUCAUGAUGGUUUAGCUAAAUUAACAGAAUAUCUUGAUAAUAUGAAUGAAGAAAUGAUCGAAAAGGAAGGUUAUGCUUAUUUUGGAACAAAGUCACCAAAAUAUGAUUAUAAAAUAUCUUUUAUAAUGAUGUAUAAAAUUUUGAAUGCUUAUUUCCCCAUUAAUAAUCUUUCACCUACUGAAAUUGAUCAUAUUAGAAGACGUCUCCAUGUCCUAGAUCAUUAUUUUUAUGAGUAUAAAGAUGAAGGAUAUAAAUAUUCUUGUAGAAUACUCUUUUUCAGAAACUAUGUUUUCAAUUUCAAGCUUGCUCAAAGUUAUUGGAAAAUGAAUGUCAUUGAUUCAAAUCCUCCUCGAUCACCUAAUUUACCUCCAACAUUGUGUUCUAGUGAUGCAAAUUAUAGACAAAAACGUCCUGAACGGAUAAUUAAUAAAAAUCGUUUCAUUAGGGAAGUAGGAUUCUUUCAUCCUGAUCCUUUGAUUAUAGAUGAAACAUUCUUCAAUUACAACCUUCAUUUAUUCACUAUCGUCACAUCUGAACUUUGUGAAUGUAAUAUUGAUUUGUUUGUAUACAAACAAAUAGUAGUUAAUGGUGAUAUAGAACUUGAAUCAGAAUUACUGCACAUCUUUAAUACCAUUUCACAGUUAUUCGUACCAUCUGGAAUUCAAAUGUCAAUGUGUAUGCGUCAACAAAAACCAGUAGAAAUAUCUGAAAAAAUGACGUUAAGAGCAAUCGCAGAUACAAAUAUUUUGGUGAAUGAGACCAUUUUCAUACCUGUAAUUCUCAGAAUGAAUAGUUUGAAGCAUACUUUUGAAAAAUAUAAACAAACGUCAUUUGAAUAUAAACAUAAGGAUUCAAAGGACAUGUUAGGUAUAUUUCUGGAAUGUUUCUAUCAAGCAUUGGGAAGUAAGACACGGUUGGCAUUUGUAACUGAUGGGAAUUUUUGUAUUGCUAUGAUUUUCAAAUUUGGAAGUUUGUUAAAAGCUGAUUAUCGCUAUAAUGUUAGAUCUUUACCUUGUAAGUUUCUAACGUUUGAUUCUAAUGAACAUAAGUUUUCAGUUACCGUUUUUAUGGGAAUGGUUAUUACUUCUAAUAUUGAAUUAUUGGAAAUUGAUGAAACUGAAUUUGAAGAAUUGAGACAAACUAUUAUUCUCAAUGAUGAACAAAAAGAUAAGAGAGCUAAGAUGCAAUAUGAAAUACUAGAUGAAUUUAAUCAAUUAAUUUCAAGUUUAAAAUUGGAACAAAAUGUACAAGUGCUUCAAAAUCAAAUUCUUAAUAAAUGGGAUAUGACUUUAGAUCUUUCUACCCUUGCAAACGUGAUGAAAGAAUAUCCUUUUAGAAUCACCUCCAUUAGUUCAAUUAAACCAGAUAAAAUCAUUAGUGGUAAAAGAAUUCAACGGAAUUAUUCAACCGUCAUCCAAAGUCAAGAUGGUUUCAUCUACAAAGUGUAUGAUCCUGUUAGAAUAGCGUUCGAAUAUAAACUUCACCCUGAAUAUUUAUCGUUCUACGAUAAAAUAAUAAUGGCAUUUGAUUUGUUUGCGAGGGAGGUUUCUGUACAUACUUAUUUACAAGGUAAAUUUGAUCAAAUGCCUGAAUUCCUUGAAAUGGGUUAUUUAACUAAUGACAAUAAACAAUUCUUUGAGGAAAUAUCAAGUGACGAUGAUUACUCUUUAUCUGGAUUUUAUAUUAAAAUGACAAAAAUUGAAGGAGUGUUGCUCAAAGAUAUAAAUAUGUAUUAUACAUUACAAGAUAAAUUAGAGAAGUUAGUUUCAAAGCUUCAUGCUUUAAACGUUACUCAUGGUGAUAUCCAUGAAGGUAAUUUCAUCCUUAACAAAACCACACAUCAACUUCUGGUGUUAGAUUUUGGAAGAUCAUUUUAUAAAGGGUUUCGUGAGGAAGAUGGGUUUGAUUUAAGAAUCUCACAUGAUGAACAGAAACUUCGAUGGAUGUGUAACAAAGAUUGGAAUAAUCAUUUUUGGAAAUCUAACUAA